GACGCCACUGCGAUCCCGACUCCCCUCUCGACAUGGUCGUGCUUAAGAAGUUGGAGAACAUCCUGAAUAACGCCCGACUCUACACAGCCAGGAAGCCCUCCUCGGAUGACCACUACCGCCAUGACGUGUGCUCUAAGCGCGCGCAGAGGAAGCUGAUAGACCAGCUAGAGACGGCAUUGGGACUGCUCAUCUGGGAACAAGAGGGACUAGAGGCAGAGAAGGUACUCCAGUGCAGGUACCUCCGCCUCUCCAAGGCAAACGUUCAGAUGCUUGAGAACACAAUCAGGAAGCACGGAGGAGACCCCGGCAUCCACCAACACUGUGACCUCACAGGCAUUGACAUCUGGAAAGGACUUCGCGAGGAACGCAGAGACCUCAUGAAGGCGACCGGGGACGAGGCCACCCGGAAAGAGCUCAACCGGAAGACGAUACGCGUUUCCAUCGACGACCUUUAAUUGCUUAAUUUGUUUUUCACCUAGAUUUGUAUUGUUGAACUCUUCAACGGUUGUAUAUACAGUCCAAUAUGGUUGAUGAUAAUCUAUUCGAUUAGAUAUUCGCUUUCAAAUAUUCAUUUUUAUGUUUGUUUCCAAGUAAGUAACAAUUAACUUGGUUAUAUAUUUUAAUAAUGCAACACUGAUAACAUUUUGACUAUUCUGCUUUAAAACAAAUAUACGAGCCUCACUUUGGACAAAAUGGCUUAAUUUAUGUGUAUGAAGUGUCGUCCCAGAUCAGCCUGUUCAGUCCGCACAGUGUAAUCUGGGACGACACUUUUCGAUGAAACUGGAUUUUCACUAAACAGAGACAUGCUUUGAACGAAAAAAGCGGAAAGUGUUAUCCCUAAAUAGCCUGUGCAUACUGCACAGGCUAAUAUGGGACGACACUUUAUCAACAUAUAUAAAGCCCCAUUUUCAAGAGAUAGGCUCGUAUAUCUACGGUUUACUAUUGCUAUUAUAAUUUAUCAUUAAAUAGACGAUCCAAAUAGACACAAUUUUACCCAUUUAUGCCUAAUAUACUCUCCCAUCCUUCUAAAUUGGAUCAAGUUAUUUCCAAAAUUAGGGAUGCCUAGUAUAUUCAUUCCUAUAUAUAGAAUAUUUCUUACAGAAAUUCAUUUAAGCAAACAGCGCAGACCCCGAUGAGACGCCGCAUCAUGCGGCGUCUCAUCUGGGUCUACGCUGUUUGCCAAGGCCUUUUUUUCUAGACGCUAGGCAUACAUGGGUUAAAUAGACCAACCAAAUAAACACAAUUUAAAAACGAACAUAUUGGUUCUAUGGUCAGUGUCGGAUUAGCGACGGAGACUAAUAGGCAGUGAAACUUUCGGUGCCCCGCCCCAGGUUCCUAGUCGAACUAGUGCCUACUAGAACGCCAGUGCCCAGUUGAUUUUACUCGUUUCAAUAAGGCUUCCAGUGCCAUGCAUCAUAACAGUGAUAUACAAAUAAUUUGCUUGCUCAAGUAAUUAGAUUAGGCUCAGUAAGUAAGUAACCCAAUUAUUAACCACGGUCUCAUGGGGCCCCUAAAAGUCGCGGGCCCAUAGAAAGUGGCCUACUCUGCCUAAUGGGUAAGCCGGGACUCGCUUUGGUCAUAAUUAUAUUUGUUUCCGGUCGACUGUAAAAGGUUUAAUGCUCUCAUAAAAAAUAGUAAUAUACAAAUAUACGUAACGAGGCUUCUCAAGAUCGUUUGAAUGCAAUCGGCCUCUUUGUUUUAUUUGUUGUAUAGACUCCCAUUCAACAGCUGUUAUUCAGGAGCAACGUUCCCGCGUAAUAACAUAUGUUUCUUGUCGAUAUUGGAAGGGUUAAUAUGUAUUUGCUAUUGUUAUCUGUUUAUUGAUAUUACGUAUGCAUUUCUUAUUUUGAAUGUUUUGUUACGUCACUAAGUCGAAAUUUAAAUCCCUGUUUUAAUUAUGUACAUACAUGUAUAUAUAUAUUUAUAAAUGUUGUUAUCAUAUUGCAUGAACUUAUAUGUGUCUACAUGGACAAUUGGCCAUCUGGAAAUUCUUUGAAUAAAAAU